AUGAAUUAUUGGAUGAGGUUACAUCUUUAUUUGUCUUGGCCGUCUUGUAGUGAUGAUUUUGUUGUUGCAAUGUUGUUCGACAAAACCCAAAGGUUGGCCUUUUGGAGACCUGGGCAGCACGAGUGGAGUAUACCUGAUGUGCAAUUUAAGGUUCAUCAAGUGUCCGAUGUCUACUACUUUAAGGGAGAAUUCUAUGCCGUAGAUAUAUGUGGACAGGUAAUGGCAUUUGGAUGUGAGGUAAUGAAACGACGUUCAAGAAUUGUUGCCAACCUCGAUGUUCCUAAACUUCCUGAACUUGGUGCUGAAGUCUUUCCAUAUUUGGUAGAGGUAGAAAACACUUUGUUGGUAAUAUUUAGGAUAGUGUUCAUGUAUGGUUAUGGACAUGUGAAUGAAGACAAGUAUUGGACUGAAUCAUUUGAGAUAUUCGAGUUGAAUGUGGAUGAUGGAAAAUUCAAACAAGUCCAGGGUGUGGGUGAACAUGCUAUCUUCUUGGGCUCAAACUCUACUUUCUCCGUGCAUGCAUCAUCGUAUAAGCAUGGUUGUAAAGCUAAUUGCAUAUAUUUUACCGACGUCUAUAGAGAAGCAUUUCUUACUGGGGAUGUAUACAAAGGAGGAAGUGAUAUGGGCAUUUACAGCAUGAAAGAAAGGAAAACCAUUGAACGAUUAUAUGAAGGUCCUUCCCAAUUCUGUGAUAUUACUCCACCUAUGUUGUUUCCUGAUGAUCGAAAUGUUUGUGUGUUGCGUUUGGCAGGACUUUAUACAAGUGUAGAGGAUUACCUAAAUGAUUCUCUCUCCGGUGAUUUGCAGAAUUGUAAAGUUUUCGAUUUCUUUCAGCGAAAAAUUGAAUCUGGGAGUGAAAUAUCGAGUGAGAAAUAA